AUGCACUCAGUGAAUAAAUUGGUAUUCCAGGGUUUACUUGUGGUAAUAGUGGGAUAUUUCUGUUGGACUGUGCAUAAAGAUGUGCAAUGGCAGUUAUUGGAACAGCAAUGGGUGGAUAUGAAGAAAAUCUCUCAGUGCAAACGAUCUUAUGUUGAGAAUAGAUGUAGUGAGGGAAUACGGCCGGCUUUAGCUGGGAAAUGUGAUGAAUGGUGGCAUUGUGCGCAGCUGGACUCGCACCCCAGCGUUCAUCAGAUGGCCAAUUUAUAUGCCAAGACACUUGCACACACGUUAAAUUCGUUUAUACAGGCACUUGCCUUCAAGACAAUAAUAGUACUGAUGCUAUUUGUAUUGCUUAUAUCAAUUUCUAGUAAACUACUUCAGUAG